AUGUCGACCGAAGAAGAGGUCGAGUUCCGGGCCCGCCCGUCGCUGCAACGGUCAGGCACGACAGCGUCCUUCGCUCCUCGCACACAGAAGUCCAAGGCGAUCGAUCUCAGCGCGCCUCCGUUCACGAAGGAGUACAUUGACGAGUACCGCCACAGAAUCAAGGACGAUCCAGAUCCAGAAGCGCACUUCUUGUACGCGAAGUACCUGAUCGAGGCUGCGAAGAAGUUCGGCAAGGACGCGAAGGAUCAGAAAAGCGUCAAGAGAUAUCGUGAUACGCUCAUUGCAGAGUCCUUGAAAGUGAUGCGACGUCUGGCUACUCAGGGCAACGGUUACGACGAGGCCCAAUUCUUCUUAGCCAACUGCCAUGGCACCGGUAUGCUCGGGCUGCCAGUCGACCACGAACGGGCGUACCACCUGUACCUGCAGGCGGCGAAGCAGAACCAUGCGGCCGCAUGCUACCGUGUCGCAGUGUGCAACGAGAUCGGUGCUGGUACGAGGAAAGAGCCGCGGCGGGCUCUCGCGUUCUACCGCAAGGCCGCCUCGCUGGGUGACACGGCCGCGAUGUACAAGCUCGGCUGCAUCCUCUUGCGCGGAUCGCUCGGGGAGCAGGAGAAUCCGCGCGACGCGGUGAAUUGGCUGAAGCGCGCGGCAGAGCAGGCGGACGAGGAGAACCCGCAUGCGCUGCAUGAGCUCGCGAUGCUGUUUGAGUCGCCGAACAAUAAAGUGGUGCCGUACGACCCGGCGUAUGCGAAGGAGCUGUAUACGCGCGCGGGGCACCUCGGGUACACUCAUUCGCAGUACAAGCUCGGGCAGUGCUAUGAAUAUGGCAGCCUGACGUGCCCCGUCGACCCGCGGCGGUCGAUCGCUUGGUAUACGAAGGCGGCGGAGAAGGGUCACUCGGAGGCGGAGCUGGCGCUGAGCGGGUGGUACCUCACGGGUAGCGAGGGGGUGCUGAAGCAGAGCGACUCGGAGGCGUACUUGUGGGCACGGAGGGCGGCGAAUAAGGGCCUGAGCAAGGCCGAGUAUGCUGUUGGGUACUAUGCCGAGGUGGGAAUUGGCAUCAAGCAGGACAUCGAGUUUUCGAAGCGGUGGUACAUGCGAGCAGCUGCUCAAAACAACAAACGAGCCAUGCAACGCUUGACGGAGAUGAAGCGCACCGGCAACAAGCGGAUGAAUACGGCACGGCCGACCCGCCAGGAGGCCAAGGAUGAGUGUGUAAUCGUCUGA